AGCGGAGUUGCGCGUGUCGCCGAAGUGGGGUGGGCCGCGGGAGGGGAGGUUCGUUCCGCGGAGCGCAGCCAGAACCGGGACCAGGAAUCGCCUUCAGCCCUGUCUGGUGCAUCUUUGGCAGAAAGUGAGGAGGAAAACACCCCCAUUGUUAUUUGGCAUGGACACAAGUUCAGUGGGAGGAUUAGAAUUGACUGAUCCUGUUUUAUUAGGAAGUACAGCCAUGGCAACUAGUCUCACGAAUGUAGGAAACUCGUUUAGUGGUCCACCUAAUCCUUUAGUAUCCAGAUCUAAUAAAUUUCAAAACUCCUCAGUGGAAGACGAUGAUGAUGUUGUUUUUAUUGAACCUGUACAACCUCCCCCAUCUUCUGCAUCAGUGGUAGCCGAUCAAAGAACCAUAACAUUUACAUCAUCAAAAAACGAAGAACUACAAGGAAAUGAUUCCAAAAUUCUUCUUUCCUCAAAAGAGUUGAGUUCUCAGAAGGGAAGUGUAAGUGAGACAAUUGUCAUUGAUGAUGAAGAGGACAUUGAAACAAAUCAAGGGCAAGAGAAAAAUUCCUCCAAUUUUGUUGAUCGGAGACCUCCUGAGACUAAAAACAGAACCAAUGAUGUGGAUUUCUCCACUUCCAGUUUUUCAAGAAGUAAGACCAAGACUGGAGUAGGACCUUUUAAUCCUGGUAGAAUGAAUGUGGCAGGAGACGUUUUUCAGAAUGGAGAAUCUGCAACUCAUCAUAAUCCUGAUUCUUGGAUCUCCCAGUCAGCAUCAUUUCCCCGUAAUCAGAAACAACCAGGAGUGGAUUCUUUAUCACCAGUGGCCUCACUUCCUAAACAGAUUUUCCAGCCUUCAGCCCAGCAGCAACCCACUAAACCAGUUAAAGUCACUUGUGCAAACUGCAAAAAACCUUUACAGAAGGGACAGACAGCUUACCAACGAAAAGGAUCAGCUCACCUCUUUUGUUCUACCACCUGCCUUUCUUCCUUCUCUCACAAGCCUGCUCCAAAGAAACUCUGUGUUAUGUGUAAAAAAGAUAUAACUACAAUGAAAGGAACCAUUGUAGCUCAAGUGGAUUCAAGUGAGUCCUUCCAGGAAUUCUGCAGUACGUCUUGUUUGUCUCUCUAUGAAGACAAACAGAACCCUACUAAAGGAGCUCUAAAUAAAUCGAGAUGUACAAUCUGUGGGAAACUAACAGAGAUUCGCCAUGAAGUUAGCUUUAAAAAUAUGACUCAUAAGCUGUGCAGUGACCACUGCUUUAAUAGAUAUAGAAUGGCCAAUGGUCUAAUAAUGAAUUGCUGUGAACAGUGUGGAGAGUACCUGCCCAGUAAAGGUGCUGGAAAUAAUGUUCUGGUGAUUGAUGGUCAGCAGAAAAGAUUUUGCUGUCAAAGUUGUGUCAGUGAAUACAAACAGGUAGGUAGCCAUCCAAGCUUCCUGAAAGAGGUUCGAGAUCACAUGCAGGACUCUUUCUUGAUGCAGCCUGAGAAAUAUGGAAAACUGACAACUUGUACUGGUUGCCGAACACAGUGUAGGUUUUUUGAUAUGACUCAGUGUAUAGGUCCUAAUGGAUAUAUGGAGCCAUAUUGUUCAACUGCUUGCAUGAACAGUCACAAGACAAAAUAUGCAAAAUCACAAAGUUUGGGAAUCAUUUGCCAUUUUUGUAAGCGAAACUCUUUACCUCAAUACCAAGCCACAAUGCCUGAUGGAAAACUGUAUAACUUUUGCAAUUCCAGUUGCGUGGCUAAAUUUCAGGCUCUAAGUAUGCAGUCAUCUCCAAAUGGCCAGUUUGUAGCGCCAAAUGAUAUUCAGUUGAAAUGCAACUACUGCAAAAAUUCCUUUUGUUCAAAACCAGAAAUCCUGGAGUGGGAGAACAAAGUGCAUCAGUUCUGCAGCAAAACUUGUUCAGAUGACUAUAAGAAGUUGCAUUGCAUAGUUACAUAUUGCGAAUACUGUCAAGAGGAGAAGACUCUUCAUGAAACAGUAAAUUUCUCUGGCGUUAAGAGACCUUUCUGUAGUGAAGGCUGUAAGCUAUUGUACAAACAGGAUUUUGCAAGACGUUUAGGACUGAGAUGUGUUACUUGCAACUACUGUUCUCAGCUGUGUAAGAAGGGAGCAACUAAAGAACUUGAUGGUGUCGUGAGAGAUUUCUGCAGUGAGGACUGCUGUAAAAAAUUCCAGGAUUGGUACUACAAGGCUGCAAGGUGUGACUGUUGUAAAUCUCAAGGAACUCUUAAAGAGCGAGUGCAGUGGCGUGGGGAAAUGAAACAUUUCUGCGAUCAACAUUGCUUACUACGUUUCUACUGUCAGCAAAACGAGCCCAACAUGACAACUCAGAAAGGACCCGAAAACUUACAUUAUGAUCAGGGUUGUCAGACAUCCCGAACCAAAAUGACAGGUUCAGCACCACCCCCUUCUCCAACACCUAACAAAGAGAUGAAGAACAAAGCCGUUCUUUGCAAACCUUUAACAAUGACAAAAGCUACUUACUGUAAACCUCACAUGCAGACCAAAUCUUGUCAGACAGAUGAUAAUUGGAAGACAGAAUAUGUUCCAGUGCCUAUCCCUGUGCCUGUGUAUAUCCCAGUACCUAUGCACAUGUACAGUCAGAAUAUUCCUGUUCCUACUACAGUUCCUGUUCCUGUGCCAGUUCCUGUUUUUUUGCCUGCUCCAUUGGACAGCAGUGAGAAGAUCCCUGCAGCAAUUGAGGACCUGAAAAGCAAAGUUUCUUCAGAUUCUCUUGAUGCAGAGUUGCUUACAAUGACAGAUAUGAUGACUGAAGAUGAGGGGAAACCAGAGGCUACCAACAUCAACAGUGUAAUUAUUGAAACAGAUAUAAUUGGUUCAGACCUCUUGAAGAACUCUGACCCAGAGACACAGUCCAACAUGCCUGAUGUACCAUAUGAACCAGAUUUGGAUAUUGAAAUAGAUUUUCCCAGAGCUGCUGAGGAGCUUGAUGUGGAAAAUGAAUUUCUAUUACCACCUGUUUUUGGAGAAGAAUAUGAGGAACAGCCCAGACCUCGAUCUAAAAAAAAGGGAGCCAAGAGAAAAGCUGUAUCAGGAUACCAGUCUCAUGAUGAUAGUUCUGACAAUUCAGAAUACAGCUUUCCUUUCAAAUACACAUAUGGUGUAAAUGCAUGGAAACACUGGGUCAAAACUAGGCAACUCGAUGAAGACCUUCUGGUAUCAGAUGACCUAAAAUCUCCUAAAUCGGUAAAGUUAAAAGAGGAUCUACUCUGUCACACCACAGCUGAGCUUGACUAUGGGUUAGCCCAUUUUGUCAAUGAGAUCCGACGGCCAAACGGAGAGAUUUAUGCACCUGACAGCAUCUAUUAUCUUUGCCUUGGAAUACAGGAGUACUUGUAUGGUAGUAAUCGAAAAGACAACAUAUUUAUUGAUUCAGGAUACCAGACAUUUGAACAAGAAUUGAAUAAAAUACUUCGAAGUUGGCAACCAAGCAUCCUUCCCGAUGGGUCAAUAUUCUCUCGAGUUGAAGAAGACUAUCUCUGGAGGAUAAAACAACUAGGAUCACACUCUCCAGUAGCUCUUCUAAAUACCCUGUUCUACUUUAACACUAAGUAUUUUGGCCUGAAAACAGUGGAACAACACUUAAGACUUUCCUUUGGCACUGUGUUUAGGCAUUGGAAAAAAAAUCCUUUAACAAUGGAAAACAAAGCAUGUCUUCGAUACCAAGUGUCUUCCUUAUGUGGAACAGAUAAUGAAGAUAAAAUUACUACUGGAAAGAGAAAACAUGAAGAUGAUGAGCCAGUAUUUGAACAAAUUGAAAAUACAGCCAAUCCUUCUAGAUGUCCUGUGAAAAUGUUUGAAUGCUACUUGUCUAAAAGUCCACAGAAUCUUAAUCAGAGAAUGGAUGUUUUUUAUUUGCAACCAGAGUGCUCUAGUUCAACAGAUAGCCCUGUCUGGUACACAGCUACUUCACUGGACCGAAACACCUUGGAAAAUAUGCUUGUACGGGUUCUUCUAGUAAAAGAUAUUUAUGAUAAAGACAAUUAUGAACUGGAUGAAGACACAGACUAAAAAGGAACUUUUCAGAAGCGAUCGGGGUAAAACAGCAUUAGAUAGUCAUGCUGCUAGAUCUUUAUUAUGGAAAACAUUUCAAGUUUACUCCUUCUGUUUUGAGUUUUGUAGCAGUGUACCCACACUGGGUAUUACCAUGUAAAUAAUCUGUGAGUGAAAGUUGCCAUUAUUCUAUGUAGUGGUUUUAGGAUACUUAACAAAUACAUUCAAGUUCUUUUUUUAUUAUUAUUUAUUUGAUUAGGUAUGUUUGUAACUUUUUACAUUACAAAUAUGAAUGAAAAUGUGCCAUGUAUAAUUUUUUUCUUAUAGUAGGAAACAUCCAUAUUGCACAACUCUACUGUCGCAAAGCUUCCUUGGAAGGGGGCUCUUUUACUGGGUUAUUGACCAGAUGGUUGUGUAUGGGUAGCACUACUAAAAGUUUAGAACUUGCAGUGUUCUUCAGAAUUUUUAAAAUAAACUGUAAACUAA